CUUUGGGCUGGCGUUCCUAUGAAAGCUAGCAGUGUUUCUUGAGCUAACGGCACGCUGAAUCAGGUAACAACACAUCCUUUAUGCAAGCGGGAGGGAGGCGGAGGAAGCGCCGGGGCGGGGUGGACCAGCGAAGCCUGUUCUUGAGAGGACACUCUCACAGCCUUCUCAGUGCGCUCGUGGAGCCAUUAAAGAUCGGUGACACGUACAACACCCGGUACCAGUCCGGUAUUUAUCUGGAAAACAUGGAUGAAAGCUGUGACUGUCAGUGAAGACAAUGAUGUCCCAUUCCUCUCCUCUCCUCCUCCAGUGCCUGUCUGGGAGGUUCUGCUGAGUUCUGGUCAUGGUGCUGAAGGCAGGGAAGGUUCUGGAUCCCAACAGCUGGACCACGCGUGAGCAGGAAGGCCUGAGUCAUAGGUGACGGACUGAUGAUGUAAACACUGACUGGACGACAUCACCGUCUGGUCAAGGAUUUUAUUUGGACCUGAUUUGAUGGCUGGUCCUUGACCUAUGACCUGGAUGUGAAAAUGUGACAGAGGAAUGCACCCACUGGCCAGAGCACUGUGAACACCAUCCUGCUACUGCCUCUCUAUCUGCUUUCUGUCUGCUUAUGUGUUUAACCCUCACACUAGCAUAUUUCAUUGGUGUGUGUGUGUGUGUGUGUGUGUGUGAGUGUGUGAGUGGGUGGAUAUAGAUCUGGUGAAUGCGUGUAUAAGUGACUGUUUGUACAUCCCAAUCGGUCUUGGCAGACGUCUGUGAUACCAUUGGGAGGGUUUAUGUGUGACAUCAUCAUCGGGAUGCUGCGUCGCGGUCUGCUGGCGUGGGGGUGCCGGGUGGGCGUGGUCUUGGCGCUGGUGUGUUGCUCCGUGUCUCUCCUCUACAUCAUCACCUGCAGCCCCCAGUCUGAGCUGGGGGGUCACGCCUUGCCCCGGCUCGGGGUGGGGGGCGGCGCGGCCGGGGCAGGAGGCACUGGGCCGGGCGGGGGGGGCUCCCAGAGUGGCCCCCCAGGGAAGGAGUCUUACCAGGCUCUUCUCCAGGAGAGAGAGGAGCAGCAUCGCCUCCUCAUCAGCAGCCUGAAAAAGCAGAUCACCCAGCUGAAGGAGGCCCUCCAGGAGCGCAGCCAGCAGCUGAAGGGCGUCCAGGAGUCUCUGGAGCAACGGGCUGGGGGCCCGGGGCCGGGAGCCGGAGGAGGGAUCCUGGGGGGGCCAGGGGGGCAAGAGAGAAGCCAGGCGGACCUCCAGGAGUUCCUGCGUAGCCAGCUGGGGCGGGCGGAGGUGCAGGCAGGCAGCAGGUUGCCCAGUGAGUAUGCAGUGGUGCCCUUCGAGAGCUUCACUCUGCAGAAGGUGUACCAGCUGGAGCAGGGUCUGACCCGUCACCCCGAGGAGAAGCCUGUGAGGAGGGACCGGCGGGACGCGCUGGGGGAGGCCCUGGAGACGGCCCUGGCCAGUCUGAACACGCCACCUCAGGGGGGGGCCCCGCCCAGCAAGGUCUACGCCCCUUCAGACUUCAUAGAGGGGAUAGCUCGUACAGAACAAGAUAAGGGGACCCUGUACGAGAUGACGUUUCGUGGCGAGCAGAGCCGAGAGUUCCGGAGGCUGGUCCUGUUCCGCCCGUUCGGCCCGCUUCUGAAAGUGAAGGACGAGGGGGUGGACACCGCCGGCAUCCCUAUCAACAUCAUCGUGCCGCUCUCCCGACGCACCGACAAGUUCAAACAGUUUCUGCACAACUUCAGGGAGGUGUGUGUGAAGCAGGAUGGUCGUGUCCACCUAACUGUAGUCUACUUUGGGAAGGAGCAGAUGAACGAAGUGAAGAGCAUGCUGGAGAAUACCUCGAGGGAGAUCCACUAUCAAAACUACACUCUGCUGCAGCUGGAGGAGGAGUUCUCCAGGGGGCGUGGCCUGGACGUGGGGGCGCGGUCCUGGAAGGGCGGGAACGUCCUGCUCUUCUUCUGUGACGUCGACAUCUACUUCACCACUGACUUCCUGAACACCUGCCGCCUCAACACCCAGCCAGGUAAGAGGGUGUUCUACCCAGUAUUGUUCAGCCAGUACAACCCCUCGCUGAUCUACGGGGGUCGAGAUCACAUCCCCCCUGUGGACCAGCAGUUGGUUAUCAAAAAAGACACAGGAUUCUGGAGAGACUUUGGCUUUGGCAUGACCUGUCAGUAUAGAUCUGACUUCAUCAAUAUAGGUGGGUUUGACCUGGACAUCAAAGGCUGGGGCGGGGAGGACGUCCAUCUGUACAGGAAGUAUCUCCACAGCAACCUGCUGGUGGUGCGCUCACCGUCACGCGGCCUCUUCCACCUGUGGCAUGAGAAGCAGUGUGCGGACGAGCUGGCCCCGGAGCAGUACCGCAUGUGCAUGCAGUCCAAGGCCAUGAACGAGGCGUCGCACGGCCAGCUGGGCAUGCUGCUCUUCAGACAGGAGAUAGAGGCUCACCUCCGCAAGCAGAAACCCAGGGGUGGCUCCAAGAAGACCUGAGGGGGAGAGGGAGCAGGGGAGGGCCUAUUUAGAGGCACUGCAGACUGAACCAGACUGACUGACCCAGGCUGACUGACCCAGGUCUACUCAGACAGACUGCUUCAAUGGCAAAAGAAAGCCACAAAAAGACAUGUGUUGUAUCAAUAAACGUUAAACAUGGGAACGUGAGGAAAGGCCAGAAGAUAUGGGAUUUUCUUUGAUUUGUGAAGUUGGUGCUGUGGAUAACCUGCAGUGAACUAUCACCAUCUAGUGGACAGAUAAGGAACACUGGGAGUCUGAAAGAGCUGAUGGACUGAAUAUGCAAUGAACUCAAAUGUUGUGAAGUCACUUUCCAGCCCUGAACAUGUUAUUUUGUGUUGAACUUUCUGCAAAUAAUAUUAGAAUGUCAUCAGUUAUAUAUAUAGAUAUAUAUUAUCAAACCCUUCCAUCCCACAGUUCAUGGGCAGUGUUACAGAGACCAGUGAGACAGUCACAGUUGAAAAGUUUACUUUGAUAUUUUACUGUUGGACUGAAUUAGCUGCUUUGAAAUUCAACCAGAAGAAUUAUGACGACGACUUCACCCGAAGUCUGAAUGAUUUGAAGAGAAGUCUAAAUAACUUGACGAAAAGUCUGAAUGACUUGGAGCAUUAUUAUCUUUCCCACAAGAUGAAUGAGAGAGCAGUAAGAUGCAAGUGUUCACCUUUAGGUGCGCCUAUCCUAAAAGGAAAGUUGAAGAGAUUGUAUUAUUUCAAAGCCCUUCAUCUUAUUGUUGGUGCUUGGACUGAUGAUAGGGUGUUAAAAGGCCAAAGAUUUUACGAAACAAACAUUUAGCACUUUCAGUGUAUAUUUCAAGUUUGUUAUUGUACAUGAUUGGAUGUUACAUUUCUUGUUACAAUUACAUUGGCUACUUGUUUUCCCCCAUUGUCA